AUGUGGCUCGCCGAUAGGUCCCCGCAUGGGGACUAUGCCCAUGUAUCGUACAUGGGCGGGUUCAUCUUUCUUGCAUAUGUGGUCAGCGUGAUGGGAUGUACAACCACCCUGGAGCUUCUUCAUCGACGGACAUCCAGGGCUGGCCUGUAUAACUGGUACCUCCUGCUUACCUCCUCCAUUACCAUGGGCGGUGUCGGCAUCUGGUGUAUGCAUUACAUCGGGAAUCGCGCCAUUGUCCUCGGUGAUGGACAACAGCAGAUGCAGAUCAUCUAUAGUAUGAAAUUUACAGGGGUGUCUUUUGUGCUGCCGGUUGUCGUCCUGCUGGUUGCCUUCUACUCCAUCGGAGCCAGCGAGAAAGCAAGCUAUGUUCGAAUCCUGAUUGGUGGUACAUUGACCGGAGGUGCCGUGUGUGCUAUGCAUUACAUCGGUCAACUUGGCAUCAGCAACUAUAGUUGCAGCUACCAAUCUGCAAAUAUCGCCGGGGCCACCAUCAUCGCCGUCUUUGCCAGCAUAGUCGCUUUAACAGUGUUCUUCCGAUGGAGAGCCACUUGGACAGAUAGCUGGUGGAGACGUGCUAUCUGCGGCUGCGUCCUUGCUCUCGCUGUCUCCGGCAUGCAUUGGACUGCCGCGGUUGGCACUCGUUAUCGGAAUCGUGAUGAGUCGAUGACGCACAACGGCCAGUUGUCUCGAAGCCAAGUCGUCAUCAUUUGCUCCGUUUUGGCAUGUGCCGCCUGCGGGCUCCUGACGGCAUGCGCCGUAGUGGCUGGGGGAAACCGAAGACGACUGAACAUGCAAGCCCGCCAGCUGGUCUUGACUUGCGCUUUCUUUGACCAGGAAGGGCGAAUCAUGGUCACCCCACACGCACUGCUUCCCAGUCGGAAGAUUGUUGACCGUUACGUUGGCAAGACUUUCAAUGACGAUGACCUUACCCGCAGCCAUCCCGCGUUUCUCUGGGCUUUCCGUGCGAGUAGGAACUGGAAUCUAGUCAAGGAUGUUGUUCCUUUCAUGAGAAGUCGGAUCGAGUCGGAAACGGCCUCGAUAGAACACUACAUAACCAAGGGAGAUACUAUGGACAACGACACCGAGAUGCAGCACGACUUCGACGAGCUAUUCAAGCGACACUUCUGCGUGGCUGCCCAGGAUCUUGCCGACGAAGUUCGACAGCCGCUGCCGUCCCUUGGAAAGCUGUACGACAACGUUCUCAUCACAAGCGCACCGACCUCGCGCUUCUCUCGCGCGAUGGGAUACUCCAGAAUAGGCAACAGCAAGGGUCAGAUGCUAUUCACAGUGCGUCACCUGGACAAGCUGGAUUCGAACCGACUAGCCGCGGCGGGAUUCCGUUUCACACGGGUCGAAAACGUCACUUCAGCUUUGUCGAGCCGGAUGCAUAUUCCGCUACCGAUUCUAGGCGAACAUCUCAGGGAUAUGAGAGAUUACGCGGCCUCCAGCCGGAACUACGAGGCUGGAGUCCACCUUGUCUCUUUCAUCAUGCGCCCUACCGUCUACGACCACUUCGAAGUGCUAACAGCUAAAGGAACAGGUAACCCGUUGCCUUCCGCGACGCUGCCGCUCAAACGUCUGCACAUCCAUCACCUAGAUCUCAUUUCCCAUAUGGAAGGGUGGACGAUAUCGACCUGCCUGAGUUGGCUGAGAUCCGACGCCGCACAGGCUAAUCCAGAUCUCGACGACUUCCGCGAGCAGCUGAUCCACGCAAUGACGACGCUUUCCAGCUCGCUACCCCCUAGCAUCAACCUCGCAUCGAAAUUCUCCGCCCGGCCUCUGAUUGCCCCAUGUCGCACCUCAAGCCCCUCGGACUCUGCGAACUGCAUCAUUCUGCCAUUCUGCGCCGUCGGAAACCUAGACACCCAAGUAUCGAACCCCGAAUACGUCUUCACGCCCCUCCGCCUCUUCCGCGUCCAGCAGCAAAUGAACGACGUCAACGUCGGGGGCGACGGGUUCGCAAAGGAGCUCGGCAAAGAGCUCUACUUUUCGAACGCGCGCAGCAGCUCCGCCACGGAUUCCGAAAUCGCGCCCUCCGUCCGAGCCGGCCUGAAAUUCUGGCAGCGCAAGCGUUCGGAGUCCACCAACAAGCGUGGUAACUCCCAGGAGACGCUGACCGAGCUCUCGCAGCUAGGCGAUAUCGUCGUUCGCAGGGAGGUCAAGGUCGAUGUCUCGAAGCUGUCGCAGCCCGCGAUGGAAACGAGUACCCUUGGUAGACACACGUCGCACACCACUGUGGUCGCUGGAGAUUUGGCUAUUAGCACGUAUGUGGAUGAACUCUACAAUAUGUGCUAUUCGCCUGGUGUGCGCUUGCGACCCGACACUGGCAUCACGAGGAUCCCGACGGGUUGAAGCGUGUCUGUCGGCGAUCAUCAUAUUCGAUCUUAUGCAGAUGGAUACAGACCCGUCGUGCAUACAAGGGCGGACCUGACCUAUCGGCCUAGGCUUAAGGGUUGAUCUGCACGCAAACCAGGGUCCAUGCCAUGCCAUCCCACCUUACUCAUCCUCCCUCCUCCCAUUUGGGACUCACGCCCGCGUGGUGAUAGCUGCUCGGCGUCCGCACAACCUACCAUCUACUGGCUUCCCAACCCUAAGUCAG